AUGUCCAACAGCAGCUCCAUCACCCAGUUCCUCCUCCUGCCAUUCACAGACACACGGGAGCUGCAGCUCUUGCACUUCUGGCUCUUCCUGGGCAUCUACCUGGCUGCCCUCCUGGGCAACGGCCUCAUCAUCACCACCAUAGCCUGGGACCAGCACCUCCACACCCCCAUGUACUUCUUCCUGCUCAACCUCGCCCUCCUCGACCUGGGCUCCAUCUCCAUCACUGUCCCUAAAUCCAUGGCCAACUCUCUGUGGGAUUCCAGGGUCAUUUCCUAUGCAGGAUGUGCUGCCCAGGUCUUCUUUGUAUUUUUCUUGCUUGCUGCAGAGUUUUACCUUCUCACCAGCAUGUCGUACGACCGCUACGUUGCCAUCUGCAAACCCCUGCACUACGGGACCCUCCUGGGCAGCAGAGCUUGUGUCCACAUGGCAGCAGCUGCCUGGGCCACUGGGUUUCUCACUGCUCUGCUGCACACGGCCAAUACAUUUUCACUGCCCCUGUGCAAGGGCAAUGCCCUGGGCCAGUUCUUCUGUGAAAUCCCCCAGAUCCUC